AUGGUCGUAUCGCUAAGACUUUGUUCAGAUCGGAACUGUGGCUGGGCGCGGUUGGUCGCUGGUGGAGACGUUGUUCCGCUGUGGUGGUCGAUGGAGGGUUGCAUCGUGGAGAGCGGCACAAAUCUGAGAUUGGAGGGUUGUGGUUGGUCUAUUGUGCAUCGUAGCGGAGUGACCGGUGUGAUGGCUGUUUUCGGCGUGAGCAAUAUGGCGAGAACAUGUCGCAGACGUUGGCUUCUUGCGGUGGUGAUGGAAUCAAGCAACAUGACUCUGAAUCUGAUUUCAUCUUCACUUCCUUUUUGUGUUUUAUUGUUGUAUUUCCUUGUUGAUGUUGAUUUUAUGGAGUUGUCAUUGCUUAUGGCUUUCUAUGCUUGCGAGGUGCUUGGUAAAACUCCUCAACCAACUUUGCUUAUUUGGCUCAACUCUGUAAUUGUUUAA